GUGGGGAAAGGUUGCCAUAACGAAAUUCAUUUCCCACGCUAGCUCAUUGAAUCACAAAAACCGCUGUUGAAUUGAAUAUUUUUAUUAAAAAGUCAAUGUAAACGAGAUAAAUUCCUCACGUUUUCAGUGAUCAAUUGUACAUUUCUCCAUUUAACAUUGGAACACUGGCUAAGUAGACUGAGAAUACAUUGUGAGAAUUGGACACGAGUCACUGACAAGCAUGAACGGAUUAACAAACAGCAACAAUGAGGAAGCUGAAUCGACGUAACGUUUCUGGUCUACAACGGGAUGGCCAGUUGGCUGCUGAAAGCUGUGCUACUAUCCAGCACGCUUGGCCUCGUUUGCGGCCGAGGAAACGUGCUGGAUAGCCAAGGGCCAGUUUUGGACUCCGAGCCGCGGUCAACCAUAGAAUUUUCCAAUGACACUGGAGCGAUGCUGCAUUGUUCAGCUACAGGGAGUCCUGGACCACGCAUUGACUGGCUCAUGGGUGAUGGAUCACCAGUGCAUCCGAUUCCCCACAUCAGGGAGAUGCUCGUCAAUGGCUCCAUGUAUUUUCUUCCAUUCGGGGCUGAAAGUUAUCGGCACGAUGUGCAUUUUGCUGUGUACAGGUGUCAAGCAUCGAAUACUGUGGGACGAGUACUGGGGCGUGAAGUCAACGUCAAAGCUGUUGUCCGUCAAAAAUACCAAGUUGGUGUUAAAGAUGCUCACGUACUCGCUGGUAAUACUGGAGUUUUGAGAUGCGACAUACCAGCGCACACCAAAGAAUAUGUAGCGGUUACCUCAUGGGUACAAGACUCGGCUUUUAACAUUUACCCAGCGCCUGUAAGCGACGGAAAGUAUCACAUGCUGCCAACGGGUGAGUUACUUGUGUUCUCAGCAACACCAGCAGACACCCACUAUGGAUAUAGAUGCCGCACAGUACAUCAUGUCACGGGAGACACGGUUGAGAGUUCAAGCCACGCUCGGCUCAUCGUUACGGAGCACCGUAAUCCAGAACCACCACGGAUCAACGAGCGCGUCAACCCAUUACCCAUUCGUACGGGUGAAACUAUUGUAUUGUCCUGCAUCUCCCAGGGAAAUCCACCACCAAUGUAUCUCUGGUUUCGUGAGUCAGUGGGUGGUACCGACGCUAUCGUUAAUUCGGAGAGGAUUCACGCACGAGCCGGUGUACUGAUCAUACAAUCAGCGAGAAUUGAAGAUGCAGGUCGAUACGUUUGUCAUGUAAACAACACUGCAGGCUCGGAGAGAGUUGAGCUCGAAGUAUCUGUCAUAAGUGGAUUGUCUAUACAUUUGGCGCCACAGCAGGUGACGAUUGAUAUCGGUAAAGACGCAAAAUUCCAGUGUGCGAUAACCGGCCUGCCAACUCCGACAAUAUCCUGGGCGAAGGAUGGACUUCCGGUUAGAGAAGGUGCAGGAAGGAUAAAGGUGCUUGGAAACGGAGGUUCAACCCUGCACAUAUCGUCAAUCACCAGAGAUGACAAGGGCAUGUUCCAGUGUUUUGCCAAAAAUGACUAUGAGAUGGUUCAGGCAACUGCCGAACUCCGGCUUGGGGAUGCUGCACCACAGCUUGUAUAUAAAUUCAUCGAGCAGACGAUCCAGCCGGGUCCCUCGGUGUCCCUCAAAUGCAUAGCAACAGGAAAUCCUACACCCCAUUUCACAUGGAGCCUGGAUGGAUUUCCACUGCCUCAGAAUGAUAGGUUUAUGAUUGGACAGUAUGUAACGGUUCAUGGGGAUGUUAUAUCCCACGUUAAUAUCAGUACUGUCAGAGUUGAGGAUGGGGGUGAGUACCGUUGUACAGCUGUGAAUCGUGUCUCCAAAGCCCAUCACUCGGCACGUCUAAACAUCUACGGUCUGCCUCAUGUUCGACCAAUGGGCAACUAUGCAGCGGUCGCUGGAGAAACCACGGUCAUCAAGUGUCCUGUGGCUGGUUUUCCAAUCGCCAGUAUAACGUGGGAAAAAGACGGCCAAGUACUGCCAACGAGUAGACGGCAGGAAGUAUCUCCAAAUGGUACACUGAUCCUUCAUAAUGUUGACAGUAGUACAGAUCGUGGAUCGUACACGUGUACAGCGAGGAACAAACAGGGCCACUACGACUCGCAAACAGUCCAGAUAGAAGUUAAAGUCCCACCCAGAAUCGAUCCGUUUAGUUUUCCCACCAAUAUUCACGCCGGUGCACGAGUGCAUGUGACUUGUGUGGUGAGCGAGGGUGAUGGGCCAGUAAAGAUCGUAUGGCUGAAGGAUGGACAUCCCCUGAAACCGAGAGAAGCAACAACCCAUCAGAUAGACGAAUACGAUUUGGCACUGAGAAUAGCAAGCGCUUCACCAACGCACAAUGGAAACUACACGUGUCUUGCUAGCAAUGAUGCAGCCAAGGUCUUUCGUACUGCGCCUUUAUUGGUCCAUGUGCCACCACGCUGGAUAAUGGAGCCCAAGGACGUGCAUGCGCCUGAAGGUACGUCGAAACUGGUCCUCCACUGUCACGCAGAUGGAUUCCCAACACCUGCUGUUACCUGGCGUCGAGGUAGUGGCACAAAGCCCGGAAGCUACCACGAUAUAACGAGUCAUGAGCAUGCACAAGAAUUGAGAAUCCACUCGAAUGGUUCUCUGGUAUUCGGAAGAGUUCAAGAGGAUCACGAAGGAUACUACCUAUGUGAGGCUGUAAAUGGAAUUGGCGCUGGACUCAGCAAAGUCGUUUACCUGACAGUGAAUGCACCAGCGAGGAUCAUAGACAAGCACAGAAACCAAACCGCCCGGCUAGGCUCAAGAGCUUCCCUGCGCUGUGAAGCCAAAGGUGAUCAUCCACUGAAUAUCGAGUGGCGCAGGGCGGGUUCGCAAUUAGAGCCAGCAGCUUCUGAUUAUCGGUACAUGGUCAAAGAAAUGAAUACCACGGAAGGGGCCGUCAGUAUACUCGAGCUCAUUAGCACAACGAGAGAAGACAGUGGAGUAUAUUUCUGCACAGCGUCCAAUGCUUAUGGAGGCGACGAAAUGACCCUGCAUUUGUAUAUACAGGAGCCACCGGAUUUUCCGAGGAAUAUUGAGGUACUGAAACGUGAGAGUCGGUAUAUCAAAUUGGGCUGGACCAGCAGCCAAGAUGGAAACAGUCCAAUAACAAAGUACAUCAUCGAGUAUAAAACAGACUCUGAAAUAUGGCAUGAUCAUACAUUUUAUACCGAUGUGCCCGGCACUCAGACAUACGGACACGUCAACGGCCUGCGACCAGCAACUACAUAUCAGUUUCGGGUAUUUGCCGAGAACGAAUUGGGUCGUAGUCAAGCGAGUGAUAUACUUGACGUUACGACGGAGGGGGAGAAACCGGGGGGACCACCGAGGAAUCUCAAAGUCGAGGCGAUUAGCUCGACGGAAUUGAAAAUUUCGUGGGAUCCACCCGAUCCCGAUCUUUGGAAUGGGGAAAUUUUGGGGUAUCAUGUGGGAUUUAAGGAGCAUAGACUGUCAGCCGAACAGUACACUUACAAGACUGUAGAAGGUCGACCAAUCACUGCCAGUGCAACCCUCGGCCUUGCGCGCACUGCCAUCCCAGGUCGCCAAUGUCAAUUGACAGCACUGCGAAAAUACACUCGUUACAGUGUCGUGGUGCAAGCCUACAACGCCCUAGGCCCAGGGCCAAUGACUGCAGAAAGCAUAUCAACCACCCUAGAAGACGUGCCAAGCAGCCCACCCCAGGAUAUCCGCUGUACAGCGCUUUCAUCCCAGUCCCUCCAAGUAUCAUGGGAGUCACCACCGGAUACGAGCCUGAAUGGCAUACUUCGGGGUUUUAAAGUCAGCUGGGAGAGCAUGGAUUCAUUAACAGAAACCGGAAAAUUUGAUAUUAAAAUAACAACAGCCCUCACUGCGGUCAUUAGUAAUCUCGAAAAAUACACAAAUUACUCGAUUCAAGUGGCAGCAAUGACAAAGCCAGGGGAUGGUGUGCAGUCAUCGCCGACUUACUGCACGACCAAGGAGGAUUUGCCUGAAGUACCGGCUGGAAUAAAAGCCGUUGCCAGUUCCAACGAAUCGAUAAUAGUCUCGUGGUUACCACCGCUGAAAGCCAACGGUAUAAUAACAUCGUACUACGUGUACAGAAGGAGUCAGGAGAGCGAUGAAAAGUGGUACAAAGAAACAUUGAGAGCUCACAAGACAUACUAUCGAGCUGAGAAUCUUCAGAAACGUACUCAGUACUCAUUUCACGUAGCAGCUGUAACGUCAGUGGGCGAGGGACCGAAAACACGUUCAGUAAGUGCAUCACCCUCGAGCCAUGUCCAUGCGGCCAUUCAUUCAUUCGGUAUGAGUGCAACAGUACCGUGGAAACAAGACGUAACAUUGCCCUGUCAAAGUGUUGGCAAACCGUCGCUUCUUUGGAAGCAAUGGGGGCAGAUUGUCAAGCCAUCCGGGAGAAUUUCCAUUCAUACAGAUGGCUCCCUCCACAUAUCCGAUCUUCACCGUGAAGACAGUGGAAAUUACACUUGUCAUGUUGAAAAUCCUCAUGGCUCAGAUCAGAUAACUCAUAAACUCAUCGUUCAGGUACCACCAGCAGCUCCGCUAUUACUAGCUACAAGUACAACGAGCAAUUCUAUAAGUGUCCAAUGGAAGCCAGGGGAUGAUGGGGGCGCUAUUAUAAGGGGUUAUAUACUGCACUACAAGCGAAAGUUUGGCGAGUGGGAGGAAGUUAAAGUAUCUCACAAGAUUAACGGCUAUCUGCUGUCGCAACUGUGGUGUGGAACUGAAUAUCAGAUUUAUCUGACGGCGUACAAUAGAAUUGGAAUGGGUUCGCCCAGUGACUUUGUUAAGGCUACUACUAAGGGCUCCAAGCCAGCUAAUUCACCAGGAAGUGCCGAAAAAUUUAUAACGCUCAAUGUCUCGUGGAUCAUUCUUCAUCUCAACAUUUGGAAUGAUGGGGGAUGUCCUAUUACUUGGUUUGAGCUUGAGUAUAGGAGACAUUCGGAGGAGUAUUGGACAUUAGUUUCGAAUAAUAUCGAGGUUCAGAAGUCGUACACCGUAAGUGAUCUCCAACCGGGAACGACCUAUGAUGUACGUGUUAGAGCUCAUAAUAACGCCGGCUCAUCAGUGGCUGAGUACAAGAUAACAACACUCCAGCCCCACAUUACAACAACCCUACCCAGCGGCAUCGAGAUAGAUCAGUAUAUACCCCAGAACGAUUCCGUAUUGGCUGACCUCAAACUUAUCGUUCCACUGAUACUUUGCUCAUUUGCCAUAAUUGCGGCAGCCGGUGCAGUAUUUUACUGCUUCCGUAAACGUCCAUUAUUAGGCGAUAUUGGUAGUCUUCACGAUGCUCAAAAUGCUGCCGCAUUGGACAAUAAACAGAAUAUGGAGCAACGAGAGCAGUACUACGCUACUGUGAGAAAACCCCUGAGAUCACCCAUCCACGAAAUGGCGACGCUCGAGAGAAUUCCCGAAUUCUCCGAGGAUAUCUACCCAUACGCAACAUUCCAGUUGAAAGAGAGUGUUCCCCCUGGAGGUGACAGCCGUUGUGAAUCAGCCGCCCCCCUCCAAACCUUCGUAUAUCACGAUCCAAGACUGUCCACUGCCGACACACUGCAAUUACGCGAGUCGGAUUGCAACCGGUACACUAAGGUGCGCGGAGGCCGUUCGUCCUCAGCGCCAUUGCAUAAAACUCACAAGACCAAUCACGGCAAGUCCGAGUCGGAGGAAUACGACACCCUGGGCUCGGACAGCGACACGGAAGUCGGGACCAGCAGCCGAACUGAGUCUUCCAAUCACCUCGUCGAUUCGCAUCACUCGGCAUUUACAGCCGACGCGCGUGUCCACAACUUCCUGUACCAUGGACCAGAAUCUAGCACGUCUACGGAACCCUCACCGAUAUUUGAGAGAAAAUCGUUUCCUGGAAGGGGAAGACCCAAGAUUAAACACAGGAUGCUACAGUUGGCGCGUUAUACCAGCGAGGAGACCCGUACAAGUUUCGGGACAAUCCCCAGGCCUGGCAAUUCCAAGCACCAGUCGGGCACUAUCAGUAGAGAGCAGGGGGAUGCAGGAUCAGGAAACCUGUUCGUCCCCAAGUUGGAUCCACCCUCGGGCUUCUCCGACGCGCUUGAGUUAAGCGAAGCUGAGUGUGACAUUGACCGAGGCAAUCACGGUCAACGGCAUUUACGUGACUUUGUUAUAGCGGUGUAAAUAACUGUGCAAAAUUCCCCCAAGCCCCCCCCCUCCGCCACGUCCCACCAAAGAAAAAUAAACAAAGCCCGUGAUAUAUUAACUUUAAAACACAAACGACUAAAGAGAAAGAGACGAAGACGCGAAGAACGCAGAUAACCCCUCUCUAUCCAUCCCUCCUUGGAAAUGAAAAUCAUCGUAAUAAUAAAAAUAAAUGGAAAAUGACAAUGUGUCCCAAACAUACCGAUGUGUCGAUGUAACUACUGUUAAACUCAAGCGCCGUUAAAAUUAACGAAUGAAUGAAUCGAAUGAGAAAAUUUAAAGAAGGUGUUAGAAUGUAAAAGAUAAAAAAAUUUAUCUGUAAGUUAAAUGAAAAAAAAAACUGAGCAAUGUUGUUCUGCUCGACACACGUGCAACACUAACUUUUUAAUCGUAAAACAAAUUUUUCCAUGUCUCGGAACAAAAGUACGCAAACCGAUGGUUUUUCCUGUUGAUAUAUUAUAUAUAUUAUAUAUACUUUAUUAUUAUAUAUGAAUUAUUUACCACGGAGGACAAAAAAAAUUAACACUUUUGUGUUUUAGGUGAA